AUGACCCUAGAGCAGAAACCAGCUAAAGGCACAAGCCUAACAGAAGCUCUUACAGUGGAUCGACAUGCUAGCUCAGCAAAAUUUCUAAGACGGCUCUAUCGAGAAUCAGCGCCCAAACCGCGCAGUCCGGCUGGCCGAGGAACGAAUGUUCCGCGCUCGGCCAAAGUCACAUCCGUCCGACUGAAGUCUCGGCCAAAGUCCAAACCGACCGGCCGAUCACGCAACACGACCCGGGAAACAUUGUCCCGCGGUCGGCCAAGCCAAACGCUCACGCCACGCCGCGCACGACCAAAGCGCGCGAGCCGGGAAACAAGCCUCGCGGCCGCGCAACCCUUCGCGUACCACGGCCGAUGCAUCCGUCCGAGCCGGGAAAGAACGUCCCACGUCCGGCCGAGAACAUCGGCCAAAUCUCAUCCGUCCGACCACGCCGGCCGACCGCAUAACAUCCGGCCACGACCGUUCCGACUCGGCCCACGACCCGACUGUCCGGCCGAUCGUCCCGACCGACCGUCCCAACGCCGCGGUCGACCCGAAGCCCUUUUGAAGCCCAAUUUCAUAUUUUCAAGCCCGGCUUAA